AGCCAGAGUCAUAUUCACACAAGUCAACAAAAAUAAUAUUACUCCAUUUUCAUUGACCUUUUCUUCACUACUCUUUCUUUUCCAUUUUCUCACUUUAAAAGAAAUGGUAUUUUGGUCAUUUCCACCUACCCCUAAGCAACUCAAAUUCACUAUCGCCGGCGUUGCCGCCGGUAUUACUCUAAUUACGGCAGGUGCAUAUCUUUCAUAUUCCAAUAUUGCCCCUCAACAAGCCCGAGCUAAAGCCCGAAAAGAUUAUAUCAAAGCCCGACUCAAACAACUUGUACAAGAUUAAUUAAACACAACUUCAUAAGUUUUACUAAGUCAGUAAAUUUUCGUUUUCUAGCUUGCUCGUGGAGAUUAUGCUUGUACUUUGGCUCUUCAGUUGAACUUUUGUACUUUUCAUCAGCAAAUGGUUCAAGUUUAUGCGGUGUACUCAGUCCUAUCCCGUGGAAACAAAUGCUACAGUGUCUGCGGCAGUUAUCAUUAACAGGAACAACUAACUGUUCAUCUCCAUCUUUGGAAGGUGGCUUAGGUGAUGAUAAUACAGCAAGCUCCCAACCUUCACCUACCGUUAACUUAUCACGAGCAUAUACCCUUGCAGUGCAAACAUCUUCAUACAGCGAGAUAUGGUCCAAGGUCCACUAUGAGGUCCCUUCUGACCGUAGUGUGGAGGUAGCAGAAGUUGAGUUCCAGGAGGGGUCGCUGCAAUUAGAAGAUGUCCUUCAACCAAACCAUGAGUGCGUCCAAGAGGCACUUUUGCAUAUAAAACCGGACGCCCUAAAUCAACUUGUUGCUAAGUACUUGGACGAUAGUGAGCAAACCACUCGUCUCUGUAUCAUUUUCUCAGAAAGUGUAAAGCAAGCUAAACUUUCCUAUGCUCCCAUUCGUAGGCUGCUCGAUGUCCUUCCCCUGGACAUGGAGUCUGGUGGACAUUCCCUUUCGCAGGUUCAAUGCAAUUGGGCAUUUGACAUCUUCCUCCAAUUUGACAGCCUCAGCAAUCCCUUUCCUAUACAUGACACCCAUAGCUUUAAUGAUAUGCGUCAUUGCUACUUCGAGCUAAAGCGUGAGCUUGACCUUCUUUUACACAAGUCACGUUCAAAGGUUCAACUUCUUCGUCAUGCUACCAAAGGUUCAGUUGUAUGUUUAGUUGGAGCUACUAUCGGAGUGAUCAUAACAGCUGUUGCUAUAGCUUCUCAUGCUUUUGUCGCCCUUGUAGCAGCCCCAGUAUGCUCUGCUUGCGUCCCUUCAAAAAUAGCAAAAAAGGAACUGGUUCAUCUCGAGAAGCUGGAUGAUGCAACUAAGGGGAUUUUUUUCCUCCACAAUCACUUAGAGACAGUAAAUUGCUUGGUGGGCCGAUUAUAUGAUGCAGUGGAGUACUACAAGCGUCUUGUUCGGUUUGCACUAGAGAGAGGAAAAGACCGAUACCCUAUCCAGGAGGUAGUGAAGCAACUUCACAGGAAACAUAGCAAUUUUCUCGAAGAAAUUUUGGGUCUCGAGGAGCAUUUGUGUCUAUGUUUUGCUGCAAUAAAUAGGGCCAGAGGCCAUCUUCUCAACUAUCUCCUUCAUCAAAAUCAGGCCCCUGGAUAAUUCGUUCGUUCUGUCCGAUGGUGGAUGCUAAAUACAAGACUGUCGAUGAAGAAGUGGAAACUCAUAUAGCCGCGGACCCCCUAACUUAUUUGGGACCGAGGCAGAAAUUGUUCUGUUGUAUAACAUGACUAUUGACAGCUACCACUUUGGUGAAUCGAAAACUUAACAUGUUACGCUUACUAGUAUCUAUAGCGUUUUAGAAUUAACGAACAGGUCUGAUAGGAGAUUCUUCAAGAGGAACGCGAUUCGCGCUCCCCUCAUUUUUCCAGUAUCGUUGUAAUGAUUAUUUACCACAUGUUUUUUGCCAGCACAAGAUUAGUGUUAGCUAUACACUGGCAUAUUGUACUCUUUUCAUUCUCUUCUUAACAUGAUAUAAACAAAAUCACCAUCAUUGGCUUUGUACUC